UUAUGUUUGCUUGUCAACAUCUUGUCAAAAAUGUGCGCCAAACUCUAAACUGGAGAAAUAUCUUUCUUUAAUACUAUUUUGUUUUGCACUAUUAAUAUUAUUUAAUUGUUAACAGAAAAAAUGGAUCUUCUUGACGAACCAGAAACGAAAGAAAUAUACGAUAAAUGUAAAUUCACAGUUAAAGUAUGGGAACAUAAAUUUAUUCGAAAACAUAAUCGUAUGCCUUCAAAGUUGGAUAUACGAGAAGCUCCGUCUAAAGUAAAAAGUGCCUAUAGAAAAUAUUUUCAACUGAAAAAUUCUGCUUUAGAACAGAGUUUUAGAGAUGUCGAAGGUUUUGAAAAUUUCAGUCAGAAUGAAGAUGAUGAAUUGGCUGAACUACAAAUUUUAAAGGAAUAUGCAGAAAAUGAACAAAAUAUAUUAUGUCAUAAUAUAGAAAAUCGAGUUAGUCCAAAUUCUGUAGAGAAUGAAGAGAAUACAGCAAAGUGUGAUACUAUAUGGAAUGUUCAUUUAAACAAAAAUAUCGAUUCAGAUAUGCAUCAGGUAACAAGAAACGAUAAAGGUACAUCGAAUCCCGUUAAUUCUAUUACCAAGAAGUUAUUUUGUGGAUCUAAAUUUAAUAAACGAAAUCCUCGAAAAUCUCUAUCUUUUACACAGAAGAAGAAUAGCGAUGUGAGUUUUGAUUGUUCACAAUUUUUAUCUCAACCCGAGACCAGUUUUACAAAGUUUGAAUCGGAAGAAGCAUUAAAUGUCUUCCAUUCUGAUGAUAAGAUAUUUUAUUCACAGGAACGUUUUAAAAGUUCUGAAUUAAAACGUAUUACAUCUUCUGUCCCUAUUAGUAUUGUUGACAGUGUGUUGGAGAAUAGACAGACUUCAUUAAAAAAAAUUGAUACUGGAUGGCUUAACAGAGUCACCGAAAAUAUAGGUAAUUCUUUGAGUCUUAGCACUGAUUCAGAAAAACACAUAUACAGCAAUAAUAUUCAAAAUGAUGUAAUGAAGACAAAGGUAGAUUAUGAUAGUGAUGAUGUUAUAGAAAAAUCAGAUGACGAGCAAAAUGUGUCAAUAUUUCAUGUCGCAAAAAAAUCAAAAGUAUCUUAUGAAUGUAAUAUACAUACAGAUAAAAAUGAAAGUGUACCUGUUUUAAAUGUUCGAAAUAAUAUCACUAUUGAUGUACCAGCUUCUCAUAAGUUUUCCUUACAAUCUGUUGAAGAUAAAAAUAAUGAAAAACCAAACGCACUAGAAAAAAUUACUAAUGACACUAAAAAUGUGGUAGACAAUUUGAUUUACGAUAAUCAGUUCUCUCAGUCUAGUAAUAUAAAGAUGGAAGAUAAGCAAUUAAAAAAUGAAAGUAAUAUAAAAAAUAAGAUUGUAGAUAACAAUAUUGUUUCAAAUACGAACAAAUCUAAAAAUGAAAAUAUUAGUUUACGGAGAUCUUCGAGGAAAAAUAUUGCCAAAUCUAGUUUUGAAGAAUUAUCCAGUUCUGAAAAAGAUCCCUUUGAUUCAGAUGAUUCUGAGAAGGAUCCAGACUUUUCAGUACAAAGUGAAACUAAAUUACCCAAUAAUCAACACUUUGACUUUGGAGAUUCCACUGAAAGUAACAGUAAUAUUAAUGAACUCGAUAAAAAUACAAAAAAAGAGCCGAGUAAUAAACAUAAGAAAAGGUCAACUAAGAAAACAGUCAGAAAAUCAGCCAAAAAUGAACUAUCAGAAAAUCAUUCUGAAAACGACUGUUCAUCAAAAUAUGAACUAGAAUUCAGUAUAAAAAGAAGGAUCGUAAAACCUAGAUACAAUGCAAUAAAAAAUAUCUUUAAGGAGAAUAUUGCAAUGGAUAAUAAAGAGCAUUCUACAGUGUGCAAUGAGAAUCAGACAGAUACAACUAUAGUAAAAGAUAAAAAGCAACAAGCUAAAGAAAAACUGGAACAGAAAGUAUCAUCUGGCAUGCUUAAUGACAAUUUUGUAACAUUAAAUUUAAGAAAAAAAGUAUUUGUUAGAGGGAAGAAAGGCAAAAACUUUUCUAAAAUGAAAAAGGCGAUGUGGAAAAGUAAAAAGAAAGCAUUAUAUGGACCGGAUAUGGAUAUGGGUGGUUGUGAUGGGGGCAAGUUGAUGUGUUUUAAUUGUGGCCAAGAAGGACAUUUUGCCCGCGCUUGCAAAGCAGGAAAAGGUGAUGGAUUAUUACCAAUAUUGAAUGAAGAGGAAGAAGAGUGUCCUUUUCCUACUCUAGAGGAAGCAUCGAAAAUGGCAUCGGAAAGUGCAUUAAGCAUAAGAAAGCCUAAAAUUGCUGCUGCAGCUGAAAAUUCUGGUAACUUGGAUGAACUGACGAAUCCUGCCGACUAUACUAAUGUAGACGAUCAAGAAGAAGACCAAUUGUUUGAGGAUGUAGAUUCCGAAGUUUUAUUGGCUGAAAUGUUAAAAUUGGAAGAAUACGUUCGGAAAAUUGAUGUUCAGUCAUAUAUGGAUAAUAUUAAAACUGUUGCUCCAUAUUAUAACUUAGAUGAACUUGGAGCUCUUAAGGGAACGCCUCAGGAAAUGUAUGAAGCUUUAACAAAGUUUGGUCAUAGUACUUUUAGAGGUGGCCAGGAGAAAGCAAUAAUGCGCAUUCUUUCAGGACAAUCGACUUUGGUAACAUUAAGUACAGGCUCAGGAAAGAGUUUAUGCUAUCAACUCCCCGCUUAUUUAUAUUCCCAAAGGGAACCUUGUAUAUCACUUGUUAUAUCACCCCUAGUUUCUCUUAUGGAAGAUCAAGUAACAGGUAUACCAAGCUUUCUUAAAGCCGCCUGUCUUCAUACAAACCAGACCAAAACACAAAGAGAAAAAAUAAUGGACGCUCUAUCAAAGGGAAAUAUCAAUGUUCUCCUAAUAUCUCCAGAGGCUGUGGUAGCUGGAGAAAAACAAACAGGUUUUGGAUCUUUACUUCGUAAGCUGCCACCAAUUGCCUUUGCUUGUAUAGAUGAAGCUCAUUGCGUCUCACAAUGGUCACAUAAUUUCAGACCUAGUUAUCUUAUGAUUUCCCGAGUAUUAAAAGAGAGCUUGGGCGUUAAAACGAUCCUGGGUUUAACUGCUACAGCCACAAAGGCUACGUGUCAAAGUAUUAUCGAUUCCUUAGCUAUACCAGAUGGAUUAAAUGGAGUAAUCAGUGAUAUACCUAUUCCUGACAACUUACACUUAACGGCUUCUCGUGAUCCGAACAGGGACAGGGCUUUAGUAAAUUUGUUACUUUCACAAAAGUUUAAAUAUUGUAAAAGUAUUAUAGUAUACUGUACAAGAAGAGACGAAUGUGAAAGGAUUGCAUCAUUUUUAAGAACUAGUUUGAAGAACGAAACUGUGGUCGAAAGUUCAAAUAAGAAACGUAAGAGAUUGAAUUUACAAGCGGAACCGUAUCAUGCAGGUCUGUCAGCGUCUCGAAGGAGAACAGUCCAGAAUGCCUUUAUGUCUGGUGAUUUGCGUAUUGUUGUAGCGACAGUUGCGUUUGGUAUGGGCAUUAACAAAUCUGAUAUAAGGGCUGUCAUUCAUUUUAAUAUGCCUAACAGUUUCGAAAGUUAUGUACAAGAAGUUGGAAGGGCUGGAAGAGAUGGGUUGCCAUCAUAUUGUCAUGUUUUCUUGGAUUCACAGGGCCGAGAUGAAAAUGAGCUUUGCCGGCAUAUUUAUGGAAAUUCGAUAGAUCGACAUGUUAUCCGAAAACUGCUCAAAAAGAUUUUUGUUCCUUGCGCCUGCAAAGAUGUUUGCCCAAAACAUGAAGUGGGUUUUUCUAUAGACGAAACAGUAAAAGCGUUGGACAUACCAGAGGAAAAUAUCUCCACACUUUUGUGUUAUCUUGAGUUACAUGAACACAAAUAUAUAGAACUAUUAAAUCCAGCUUAUACAAUUUGUAAAGUUAUUUCCUAUGGUGGUGUACUACAAAUAAGGAAAGCGGCCAAAGAUUGUCCACCUUUGGCGAUGGCUUUGGCGCUUUAUAAGAGCAAACCAGGCGAAGAAAAUAUUUUAGAGUUUCCGAUAAUUGAAGUUGCCAGCGCAAUGGGUUGGGAGAGUGGAAUUUGUAAACAUAAAUUAAAGAAUUUAGAAUGGAUAACAGUUAACAAUCAGCAGAAAAGAUCCGCACUAAGUGUUCAGUUUUCAAACCUGGGAUUUAGACUACUGGCACCUGGCAACUUGAGCGAUGAACGAUUAGAUGAAGGUUUAGAUAGUUUGCAUAAACAAGUUGUAGAUCAAGAAACGAAAGCUUUGAAACAGUUACACGCUGUUCAUAAAACUCUAUUAGAGGUUGCUGAAAAGUCUUAUAAUUCAUGUGUAAACACUGAAGAGGGUUAUGAAAAAAGUACAGACGUUCUAAAACAAAAAAUUCGAGAGUAUUUUAAUUCCUCGGAUCCUCUAGCCUCUAUAGAAAAACUGCCUUCCAAAAAAAUGAAUGAAGACCAACUUGUUAGUGAUAUAAGAGCUAUGAUUUGCAUGUAUCGAGAUAAUCAAUUUACUGGUAGAUCACUGGCUAGAAUUUUUCAAGGUAUUCAGAGUCCCAAUUAUCCUGCUGUGAUAUGGGGCAGAUGUAAAUUUUGGAGGAGUCAUCUUCAUGAAGAUUUUAAUGAGAUUUGUAGGAUCGCAACAAGAGAAAUUAUUAGGUUAAAGUGAUAUGUCGUUGUUUUUGUUUGUAGAAGCGUUAAGUUUGUGAUAUAUAGAAUCAACUUUUUAAUUAUGAUGACUGACUAGAAAGUGUUUUAUAUUGUUUUAUAGUUAGUAUUUUUAUAAUAAA